GAUUCAGUGCGUGUCGGAUCUCCCCUGUGAGCGCGUGUGCAUCACACACACAGAGACACACACAGAGAAUCUGAGCGCGUGUGCAUCACACACACAGAGACACACAGAGAAUCUGAGCGCGUGUGAUUUAUCACAUCUGCUGUGAUCUGACGGCAGGACAGAACGAGACCUCAUCUCCAGACUGCUACAAUUGAUUUGUGAAACCUGAGUUCAUCUAAAUCUCUCACACACACACACACACACAGGUGUGAGGUUGUGAUCAUGGCAGAAGCAGAUCUGUCGUCUCCUGUGGACGCGUCCCUGUGUUCUCCUCAAGCAGCACCGCUCUCGCUGUCGUUCCCCUUCAGGAGAGAGAGCAGUCAGGUGCUGGAGAGAGGAACCCCGCCGCCCGCAGAGUUACCCAGCCCGCUGCCCACCAAACGCACACGCUCGUACUCAGAGACUAUGCGUGCAAACGCAGGUCCCGUCUUUAAGGGUGUGUGUCAGAACUUUUGGAAGCCUCAGGGUCACGGAUUCAUCAGACCGUCUAACGGUGGUGAAGACAUCUUUGUGCACAUCUCAGAUGUGGAGGGUAAUUAUGUGCCCUUGGAGGGAGACGAGGUGACGUACAAGAUCUGUCCCAUCCCACCCAAAAACCUGAAGGUCCAUGCGGUCGAGGUGACCAUCACCCACCUGAAACCAGGAUGCAAACAUGAGACCUGGUCAGGCCAGAUCUUCAGCUCAUAGAACCUGAGCGACCGCUGCGCGUGUGUGCGUGGAUGCGUGUGUGUGCAUGUAGGCAGAGAUGGGCACUCAAGUCGCAUUUAAAAUGACUUCAGACUGGACUCGACUCCACAAAAAGGACUCGGGAAUAUUGAAAAAAACGGAUUAUUUGAUUUACGAAAGAAUACAACGGUAAAUAGAACUUUUAUCAUAGAAUUUUCUGCGUAAACUUCAGUCACAUGAAUCAUGGCGGGAGCCUCGGCAUCAUGUGUCGCGUUCGGUUUUAUUAAUCUUUCAGAAUCAGGAACUUUGGGAAGAUCGGCUAAAUGGAAAAUGAGGGAAAAUAACUAGACACCAGAACAACAACAUCAAACUUUAUUGGGCUUCUAAGAAUGCAUACACAAAGGUUAGUCACGUAUAGCAAGCUGUCAUACGGUGAUGUGACCGCACGGGAAUUUAGGAUAUAAAAAAUUCACAAUAGUACUGUUUUUAUCAAUAUUGUCAAAGAAUGUAAAUGUGGCUUUUUCUAAGUGCAUUGUAUGAGAGAUAAAGAAAAAUAUUGAUGUGUACAGUUUGUCCAGUAUUGUUUGUUUAUGUAACGUUGAUCAGCACGGAUGGUAUAAGUUUAUGCUGAAUUAAAUCAACUGGAAUAUUUUCUGAUAAAGUAAACUGGCGCCAUAUUGCGUCUCACUUGGCGGCUGCAAUGAUGUUUUUGAUAUUUUUGAAUUCUACUUUCCACUAUUUUGACUUGGACUCUGGCUGAAAGAAUUGUGAAUAUCUCUGCAUGUGGGUGUGAGGUGAUAUGUUUGCAGUAAAUGCAGCGCAUUGAUUUAGUAUCAUGCCGAUCAAAACUGCCAUUAAUCAGUUUAACAUUCACCUUAGAGCCAAUCAGAAUCAAGUAUUCAGACAGACCAUGGUAUAAAACAACAAAAUAGUGAUGCUGAUAUAUUUAAGAUUUCUCUGUGAAAGUCUUCUUUAGUUUAGACAGGCCAAACAUGUGUUUUCAUCUGGGACUAUACUGAAGACUUGUCUGUGAAACUGGGACAUUAAAAAAUAAAUGAUGAAUGACUUUA